CUUCAGCCGAGUUCAGACAUUCACUGAAGUUUCCCUCUCACCCAGUUGCAUUUCCUGCUGAGAAAAAGCAACAUGUUCGGACGAUGUGUUGUGCUCCUGCUCUGCGCCCUCGCGGCUGUUUCUCUUGCAGCUCCGCUCCAAACGAGCCCUCCGGAAUAUGAGAGAAGAGAAGCUCUGGUGGCCUACCUGAAUGCGAAAAAGACAGCUGAACCUAUGACCUCACAGCCAGAUUCGAAUGAGAAAACUGAGACUCCAGUUAAGUCAGAGGAAGCUAAAACAGAUGCUUCUGUGACUGAAGUUGAGUCAGAGGAACCUGAUGCAGAUGCUUCCAAGACUGACAACAGUCAAGAUUCAAAAAGUGAUGAGUUUGAAGAGGAGCUUGAUGCCGCACUUGGUGGCUCUGAUGAAGUCCCUAAAAUUCUAGUUGUGACGGAAGACAGUGAUCCAAAUUCUUCUGUGACUGAAGACGAUACCACCGAUUCUGCCGGUAAAAAAUCAGCUGAAACUGAGGAACCCUUUAAGACUGCUUCAGAUGAAGAUGUUGAGCAGACAGACAAGUCUAAAGAUGUUUCUGAUGAAAUGGACAGCAAAGAGUCUGACGACGAACCCGAAGGUGUUUCUGAUGACAACUCAGAGGAUGUCUCUAAAGCCCUAAUGGAAGAGUUUGACAGUGACAUGUCGGAGGACAAAUCAGAAUCUGUUUCAGAAGAAACCAACACCAAGAUUUCAGAGGACAAAGUUGAAGAAGUCAACAUUAAAUUGUCAGCGGACAGCUCUGAAGCUGCUUCUGAUCACAGCAGUGAUGAAGUGUCAGAGGAGAACUUUGAAGCUGACAACAGCUUUGAAGAAACUGAAGACUUAAAUGAGGAUUUGCCUCUUGAAGCUGAUUCUGUUACCGAAGAUCCAUCUGAAGAUUCAAAAAGUGAUGAGUUUGAAGAGGAGCUUGAUGCCGCACUUGGUGAUGAAGAUAAAGAUGAACUGGGUAAAGAUUCUGAGCUGAGUUACAGUGACACUCCAGUUAACAAAAUCGACCAGAGCUCUGAAGAUCCAACUGAUGAGAACGUAGAUAUUGAUGAUGAUGAUGAUGAUGAUGAAGCUGGUGAUACAGUAGUACAUGAGGAGAAUGGAGAAAGUGAUGCCGGUAUCAAGAAAGAUGUUUCAGAGAAGAUUUCUUUAGAUAUGCUUGGUGAGGAGUUGAAUUCUCUGGAUGACAGCAAGGAUGAAGACCUAACUGAUGAUUUUCUAAGUGAAGAUACUGAGAUGAGUCAAACUGGCAGUGAGGGGGAUAAAGACAAAGAUGAGCUUGACAUGCCAGAAUCCGACACCACCGAGGAGGACAUUUUUGAAGAUGACUUGGAAACUGAUGACCCGAGUCUAGACACUGAAGCACCAACUUCUGACUUCAUGGACCAACUUGAUGACUCCUUUCCCACAGAUGCUGGGAAAUAAAAGCUCAGUCUCUGAACCGUGGAAGCUUUCCGAUGCCAGAAUGAACCACCAGCCUCUACGGUGAAUUACUGCUGCCAUGACAACAAGCUAAACUGCAACUAACAUCAGCUGCCUCUUUGUUUCUUCUCUUCAGCAAGUUUCAUUUUGAUUUGAGGCUGCUUUUAUUUUUCAUAAAGAGAAAUUAGAAAAUAUCUGCCCUCCCCUGUUUCUCCUCCAUGGGUCUCCUCUAAGUUGUCCUUUAAUUUUAGCUAAUUUUCCCACUUGUCUGCAGAAAUAUUAAACCAGCUGUUGAUCUCAGAUCUGCUCUGUGUCUGAUUUCACACUUUAAUGUGUACAUACAGUCCAUCGUUUACUUUACAAACAUUAAUGAUUAUUUUUACAAGACAUUGAAUGUUGUUCAAUUCUUCACUGUACACAGAAAAUGGCUAAUAAAGUGUGACCUGUCAGAAACGA